AUGAGAUUUUUCACCGUGGCUGUCCGAGGUAUCACCUUGGGCCUUUCAUCCAUGACGCCAGCCGCUACCUGGGACCCCCGCUUCAAACCCAAAUGGCGGGCAAUCGCUGUGGCCUCCCUGCUAGCUUUAGUGCUCAUGCUGUACCUUCACCACACUGGAGGGGACGGAGACUAUCCGGCCGUUCAUUCCUCCCGCAACAGUUUGCAAAUGCUUCAGGAAUGGGAAAAACCUUACAAUGGCACGUAUCCUCUAAGUCUGCCUGUGAAGACCAACUACGGCGUCAGGUAUCGCAUCGCAGUCAUUGCAGACCUGGACACAGCCUCGCGCGACCCCAACGACCGAACUUGGUUUAGCUACAUGAAAAGGGGUCACGUGAUCGUUUCGGAACGCGCCGACAGAGUGGAUGUUGAAUGGGACGAGGAGACCAUCACGCUGGAGAGUCACCUCGCGGAGAAAGGACGAGGUAUGGAGCUGUCCGAGCUAGUGGCGUUCAAUGGGCAUUUGUACAGCGUGGAUGACCGCACUGGUGUGGUGUACAGGAUCGAGGGAAGGCAAGCAGUCCCCUGGGUCAUCCUACCUGAUGGCAAUGGUUCUGUUUCUAAAGGCUUCAAGGCAGAGUGGCUCGCAGUGAAAGACGAGCACUUGUAUGUCGGCGGUCUCGGCAAGGAGUGGACCACCACUACUGGAGAGGUAGUCAACCAGCACCCACAGUGGGUCAAAGUCGUGGGAUACAACGGUGACGUCCAGCAUAAGAGCUGGGUGUCCUACUACAACGCCCUGCGGAACGCCGCGGGGAUCAAACCACCAGGCUACCUUAUCCAUGAAUCUGCGGCAUGGAGUGAGCGUCUUCAACGCUGGUUCUUCCUACCUCGCCGGGCCAGUCACCAGCGCUACGACGACAGUGCCGACGAACGACGCGCUACCAACCUGCUGCUGUCCUGCCGGGCCGAUUUCAGUGACAUAACCACGCAGCGUGUCGGGCCUCUAAACCCCACCCACGGCUUUUCGUCGUUUAAGUUUGUUCCCGACACGGACGAUCAGAUAAUUCUGGCAUUAAAAUCUGAGGAGGAUGGAGGCAAGGUCGCCUCUUACGUCAUUGCGUUCACGCUCAGCGGCCGGGUGCUGAUGCCAGAAACAAAAAUUGGAGAUGUCAAGUAUGAAGGACUGGAGUUUAUUUAA